AAAAGCGUUAAGGAGUUUGAGGAAGCGCUGGACGAGGACGAAAUUGAUAUUGAUUCACUUCGUAAGCUUUGUUUUCAUGGCAUCCCAGACGUGGGUAGCUUCAGAGCAAUAUGUUGGAAAUUCCUUCUUGGUUACCUUGGAUCCCAGCCGGCUACUUGGACGGAAACUCUUAGCAAGAAACGCACAUUGUAUCGACAAUUCAUAGAAGAACUAGUUCUCCCGCCGGGAUUAAAUUGUGAUUCUAACGACAAUGAAAAUAAUUCUGGGCUUAGUGAUCAUCCAUUAAGUGAAGGGCCAGAAAGUGCUUGGAAUACAUUCUUCCAAGACAAUGAAUUCUUGCUACAAAUCGACAAAGAUGUUCGGCGCUUGUGUCCAGACAUAUCAUUCUUUCAACAGGCAACUGAAUAUCCUUGUGACAUAGUGGUACACAGCAAAGGAGAAAGAAGACUGCACCAACGGGUAGUGCCCACUGUGUUGAGCUCAGCAAAUGUAGAACGCAAAGGCUUAGGAAUGACAAAGCAGAUAAAUCUCAUAACGAAGCGUUCCAAUGAAAACUACGCGGCAAUGGAAGAAGGACAAGAAGCACACUGGGAAGUAGUGCAACGCAUACUCUUCCUUUAUGCUAAGUUAAACCCCGGGCAAGGAUAUGUUCAAGGCAUGAAUGAGAUUGUAGGUCCAAUAUAUUAUAUUAUGGCCUCUGAUCCCGAUCUGGAAUACAGAAAACACGCGGAGGCUGACUGCUUUUUCUGCUUCACCGCAUUAAUGAGCGAAAUUCGUGACUUUUUCAUUAAAACACUCGAUGAUUCGGAAGGUGGUAUUAAAUUUAUGAUGGCGAAAUUGGCUAAGAUGUUGAAUGAUAAAGAUCCUGAAGUGUAUUUUAAAUUAAAAGAGCAAGAACUACAUCCGCAAUACUACAGUUUUAGGUGGAUAACUCUACUGCUAUCACAAGAGUUCCCACUUCCAGACGUGGUUCGCAUAUGGGAUUCUGUUUUUGCAGAUGAGCACCGAUUCGAAUUUUUAAUAAGAAUAUGCUGUGCAAUGAUUUUAAUUCAAAGAGAAGUAAUUCUCCAGAACGACUUUGCAUCAAACGUUAAACUGCUACAAAACUAUCCACCUAUUGAUAUUAAUGUAGUCCUGUCGCAUGCGGUUUCGUUGCAAGGAUAG